GGCAGCGGCGCUACGGCCUACUCUUAUAUCGAAUUCCAACUGCCAAGGGAUCUUUUACGUGCACGCCAAUGUGUACACGGGACCUUGGUUUUUCGUCCCAUCCGAACGACUAGGCAGCUGUCCUUGUCAGGCCCUCCGUUCUGCAUCACUGACAAGGGGAAAUCACGCCGGAAAAUCGAGAUGAACUUUCUCGGCCAAUGCAGGGAUCGAACACCCGACCUCCAGGCUAGCGAGCCAGCGCCUUACCCACUUAGCCACGUGAUCCCCCGACUUAAAGUGCUCCAAGGUACCAAAAUAGCUCAAUUUAGUUGAAUAUCAUCCAAGAGUUGAUGUUACUAAGUUUAAUGAACAUGGAGGAAGAUAAUGUGAUAUAUUUGGCACACCUGGAGCAAUUUAAACAGGAUCUGGUUAAAACUUUGGGUCAAUUCCGUAAAGAUAAAAGAUUUUGUGACGUGAAUCUUUGGGUUAAUGACGUUUGCAUCAAAGCCCACAGAAAUGUAUUAGCAGCAAGAAGUGCCUACUUUGAAGCCAUGUUUUCUGGAAAUUUUCAGGAAUCUGAAAAUGGUGUUGUUGAUAUUGACAUGAGCCAUAGUGUAGAAAAUGUUGAACAUUUAGAAACCUUUGUGUGUGCUUUGUAUGAUGGGUGCUGUAAAGUAACAGCUUCAAAUGUAUCUGCUUUAUAUCACUUAGCAUCCUUUUUUAUGUUCGAGCAGCUUAAAGAUUGCCUAGUUGAUAAACUUUUGUCAAUGACAUAUAGCAGGCUCCAAAAUAUUGUACAAGCAUAUAUAUUAGCCUUAACUUAUGACAUAUCACUUCUUCAAGAAAAGUGUUUCACUGUUAUGGAAGGACGCUUCCAUGAUCAUUUUAUCUAUCAAGAAGAUAUAUUGAUAUUAUCAAUCAAUCAGAUGAAACUUCUAUUCACGAAAAAUGUCCAUAGAUAUUGCUCACUUUCAAAGAUUGUUAUGUUUCUGUUAAGAUGGAUUAACCAAAACUUAGAUGAUAGAGAAACAUACAAGUCUGAAAGUUUGGAAUUAAUUCAUCAUAUAGCUCAACAUCUAGAUAGUGUGUCCUUGACUAAAAUAAAUGUCUUCUUAAGUAGUCAAAUGGGCGAUGAUAUUACCAAUGAAUUUUUACAGAGUGUUCAAGAUAGAAUCCAUGCUAUCCUCCAUGCACGAGAAAUCAUUCCUCAAGUUUUAUAUGAAAAUGUACCAACAACCAAAAACCCUACUGAACUAUCAGGUAAUCAAGUUUUUCCUGUACAUUCAAACUGCCUGGUCCUGGUGGCACCUGGUCAAGAUGUUAUUUCAAAUAUAUGCAACAAAGAAUACGAAUAUAAAGAAGGCAAAAGAAUUAAUUUACAUCAGCAUUCUAAGGAGAGGCAAGUCAUGAAGCUGGCAAUAUAUGAUAUGGAACUGAAAAAUUGGUUGAAUGUUGGGGUUUUUACACCUUUUUCUAGAUUCGAUAAUAAAAACAAUUGGAAGGCAGCCACAGUUAACGAUCAUAUUUAUUUUGUCAGUCUGUAUCAAAAGUUGUGCUAUUCUCUGUGUCUUAAAUCUUUAAUAUGCAAGGAAAUUUGCAUUAAAUAUAUGUUGAAUACAUUUAAUGAGGAGGCCAAGAGUGCCAUACCUCUAUCUGUGGAUGGCAAACUUAUUGUUUUGGUUUCCAAUUGUGUGCCAGCCAGCAGAGAGAAUAGAACAAGUCCUGAUCAAUAUGUGGCACAGCAGAAAUAUUUUCAACUUGAAUCAGAUCUAACUUGGUCAUUGAAAGCAGAAGUAGAACAUAAACACUCAUCCACACCAGCAUCUUUGGUUAAUGCUUGUAGUAAGCAAGUUAUUGUCAUCAAGGCCAACAUAGUUAUAAGUCUUGGUAAAAAUUUACUAGAAAUCAAGGAGGGACACGUGUUUGAUUCUGUUACAUCAACAAUAAAGAAAUUUUCAGGGCCAUGUUAUCUUUCAUCACCAGUUCGUGUGCUUGUCAAGGGAGAUAAUUUACAUAUAGUAGAUGCUGAUGGUUGGAAAAGGAAAUAUGACUGGGUCAUUGAAGAAUGGAUGUUCCCAGAGAAAAUUGAUCUAUCUCUUGUUAGAUGGUGUCGGUCUGUAUCUAGUUUAGCAGAUUAUCCUUGCCUUUCUCAUGUAAGUACCAAUGCAGGAAAUGCUAUCUGGGAAAUAGCUAAUCAUGGAACAUUUGUCUAUAGCAACUAUUUACUCAAAAUAGAUGUUGAUGAAAAUGGGGAAUUCCAGACAACUAAACACACUCCACCACCCUUCCGAUAUUUUACAUUAUGUACAGCUGGUUUUUGUAGUAAUGAGCUGUUAAAAUCUCUCAAAGAUUCCCAAUAUAUGGAACCACAUCUCGUAUCAGAUAACUAUUAGUGUAGUGGAUGACCACUACUACUUACUUGUGUGACUUUCUUUGAACUAACAUAAAGGACUUGCAGGCAAAAACAUUUACAAGAAUCCUUUCAUAGCAAACUCAGCUGAAGAAUAUCACUGAUAAUGGAAAUAAAUGUUAUUUUGAAUAUUUAAUGUUUGUUAUUAAAACAAUUGACCUUAAAUCACAACAAGCCAGAUCAUAAACACAUAUCUCAACAGUGCUAUUUUAAUGUAAAGCAGCUUUAUGGAAGAUUAGAUAGAGCUGACAGUUCUUGCUAUAAUAGUUAAAAAAAUAGAUAGUGGAAAGGGAAUAUGCUAAAUAUUUCAAUCGAUUUACUCCACUCUGAAGCGAGAAAUCCUCAUUUUAAUAACACUGUAGCAUCGAUUGUCAUCAUUACCGUUGUUAAGAUAAUAAACAAAGUCUUGAUUAUUCAUUUUUAUAUUUAAUCAUCAAUGGCUGUUGAACUGCAGAUAGGGAUUCAAAUCUGUUGAAAAUCAGACCUGUCAGAUGGCAUCAAGACUUGAAGAGUUAAUUAUGGUCAUGUCACAUUUAAAGAUACAUUAUGGGAGAUUUUAAUAGAGAGUUGGCCAUUCUUGCUAUAACAGUUCAAAAAUAGAUGAAAGAAGAAUAUAUUGAAAAUUUUAGUCAAAUUACUUUAUUCUUAUCAAAGUUAUCACCAUUGUAAUUUUUGACUAGAAAUAGGAGUCAACUCUCUCUUCACCGUCUCCGAGAAUGGCCGAUCGUUUGACAGGCGUUAACUCCACAUACAUAAUCUCAAUUAUCAAGUAACGUUUUCAAUGGCUGUGGUACCGUUAGCCUACUCGGUUUGAGACGGGGUUGCAUUGGUUGCAAUUCAGUUCGUAUCACAUUUAUUUUUACUACAAAUCAAAAAUAAGACUUUUAAUAUAUAGACAAGAAGCGAAAGUUUGAAAGGAAUGGACCAAAUCAAUGAGGCAUAAUUAUAGCCGACUUCUUGUUAGCCUGCGUGUACUGUAACUGGUAGGUCUACGUAACUCCCGAAGCAGACAAAUACUAAUAGGAAAAAGUGAUCCAAUGGGGCUGCAAUUCAACUGGGGUGAUGUUAGCUACGAUGUUUAUCAAUUUCCAUAAUUUUUCUGUAAACGCAAGUGACAAACGAUCGUAUAAUACCGACAUCCAAACUCUCAUUUUAACCACAACUAAACAUAAUAUCAAGGCCGUAAUAUCGAACUUUCAAUCAAAUUGACUGACAUGCUGGCUCGCUCAACAGCGGCCUCGCUUCGUACACUCUAUCAUUUAGCCUCAAUCUAAAAUUUCCGGGAGUAUGACGUCAACCUAACGGUAAAUCUCUGCUUACAAUGCCAUUUAAAAAUUUAAUCAAUCAAUGAAAUCCUGUUUAAAUCCAAGCCAUCCGUGGGUCUACAGAGUUGAUUUUGUGCUUGUUGUAUAAAUAAAGAUCUAAUUUAUAAUUUCUAUGACAUCUGAAGCCUAAAUAAA